AUGUCUAACAAUUCGGAUGCGAAUGCAGCCUCGCCUGCAGAUGCUCUCUCCAAAGCAAACGACAUGUCACGUCCUGUGCUGGGAGAAAAGUCUCCCAAUGUACGGCGGGCUGUCCAAUCUCAUGUCCCUAUGGACAAGUCAUUGUUCGGCAGUCCACUCAAGCGGAACUUCACGGCAGCAAUGGAAGGGGAUGACGGCUUUCUCUACCUAAAGAAAAGGAAGCACUCUUGGGAGAGUCCGCUCAGUCAGGUCUCGACACCUACCGAAGAAAACGGCAGCAGGACUAGCAAUGCCGACAGAAGCGUGAUCCAGCCGAUGCCGGUGCAAGAAGUGAGUGGAGGGAUGUCGUGGACAUGAUGUUUAUUAAUGCUUCCUGCAGACCGCUGUACCAAAGAUUCAACAUGCUGCUCCCACAGAGCCAAAUACUCCAGCUUCCUCGCUCAAGGAAGAAGACCAGGACGCCUCAUCAGCGGAGCGCAGAUCGUUCUCAUCCUUGAUCAAUUACGAUCCAUCAUCACAGACGGCGCCAACAACCGACCAGAAUUCGGGACCGGUGGUCCAUGAGCCUUCGCACGCAGAGCUACUGAAGCUUCGCUUGAGAGUGGCAAUGUACAAGGUUCAAACAAAUCAGAUCAACGUCCCCUUCUCGGAACUGGAAGAUCCCAAGUCAUCUCCCGUACAGGCCACGCAGACCAAAGAGCCCGACACAACCAUCGAUCUUGUGCAAGACUGGAAGCGAAGGAUGGUCCAACAAGCACCGGCCCUGAUGCCGAGUCUCCUAUCCGCACCAAUUCUACGCCCGACGCCAUACAUCAGCCGGCUGGCGUACGGAAAAAACAUACCGAGCUCCCCUCCCGCUGGCUUGCCGGAGAAACUGCCUCAAGGCCUUCCACCGACGACUCCAAGAAGUCCGAGGAUCAAUCGAUCAGACGAGCAGGAGCUCACUAGUAGUAUCGUGAAAGGCCGAGUGGCGGAAGGUUUGCUGGGAUUGAGGAACGCACGAUGA